UCUGCCAGCUCCAGAUUUCUGUGGCUCCUCAAGAUCUCACUCAUGAUCCUAGGACUUGCCGUUCUUCUAUUUAUAUCCAGAAGUGUAUCCUUUCAAGCAGUGCUCAGCAGCUUCAAGCCAGAGUUCCUGAAGCCUGGACUGGGUGGCUCAGUGCUGAAGCUUCUACCUGAGAAGCACCUGAGGAACCUCUUUACCUACGAAGACAUCUGGCUCUUUCCUAAAAACCAGUGCGACUGUGACUCUGGCCAGCUGCGAAGAAAAUACAAUUUUCAGGGUGCUUAUAGCCAGAAUGACCUCCCAGCUGCGACUGCCAGGAGACAGGCGGAAUUUGAACACUUUCAGAGGAGAAAAGGGCUGCCUCGCCCACCACCUCUGCUGGCUCCACCCAAUCUCCCCUUUGGAUACCCAGUCCAUGGAGUGGAGGUGAUUCCCCUGCACACAAUUCUCAUCCCAGGCCUCCAGUAUGAAGGGCCGGAUGCCCCAGUCUAUGAGGUCACCCUGAGAGCUUCUCUGGGGACACUAAACACCCUUGCUGAUGUCCCAGACAGUGUGGUGCAGGGCAGAGGCCAGAAGCAGCUGACCAUUUCCACCAGUGACCAGAAGCUCCUGAAUUUCAUCCUUCAGCAUGUGACAUACACCAGCAAGGUGUACCAGCUUCACAAGGUGGACAUGGUGAGUUUGGAGUCCAAGUCCUCAGUGGCCAAGUUUCCAGUGACCAUCAACCAACCUAUUGUACCCAAGUUGUAUGACCCUGGACCCGAGAGGAAGCUCAGGAACCUGGUGACCAUCGCCACCAAGACUUUCCUCCGUCCCCACAAGCUUAAGAUCCUGCUGCAGAGUAUUCGAAAAUAUUACCCAGACUUAACUGUGAUUGUGGCCGAUGACAGCAAGGAGCCCCUGGAAAUUAAAGAUGACUACGUGGAGUAUUAUUCCAUGCCCUUCGGGAAGGGCUGGUUUGCUGGUAGGAACCUGGCCAUCUCACAGGUGAACACUAAAUAUGUCCUCUGGGUGGAUGAUGACUUUCUCUUCGACAACAAAACCAAGAUUGAGGUACUGGUGGAUGUCCUGGAGCAAACGGAACUGGAUGUGGUUGGUGGCAGCGUGCAGGGAAAUGCGUUCCAGUUCAGGCUGUUGUUGGAGCAGAGCGAGAAGGGGGGCUGUCUUCACCAGAGGUGGGGAGGGUUCCAGGCCCUCGAUGGCUUCCCCGGAUGCGUGGUGACCAGCGGUGUCGUAAACUUCUUCUUGGCUCACACAGACCAACUCCGAAGAGUUGGUUUUGACCCUCGCCUACAACGAGUGGCUCACUCAGAGUUCUUUGUUGAUGGGCUGGGGAGCCUGUUGGUGGGCUCGUGCCCAGAGGUGACUGUACAGCACCAGCCACGGGAGCCACGGAAGGAUCCAGAGAUGGCUGCCAUGGAGAAGUCUUAUAACACAUACCGGGUCAACACCAACGCUCAGGUCCAAUUCAAGCUAGCUCUCCACUACUUCAAGAACUAUCUACAGUGCUCCACUUAG